AUGAAUAAGUUGGGAUUGGUAGGGAUUUCUCGAUGGUAUGCUUCUCAUGCGUACCAGAAAACGUUGAAUCUGCCUCGUUCCACGUUUCCUGUGAGGUCGAAUCUUGAUCUGUGUGUUUCUGAACUAAUUCCUCGAGCAUCGCAAGAUGUGUACAAUCAACAAUUGGACGAGUUCUUGAGAAGGUAUAAGGAAAUCUCCAGUUCUUUAUCCCAUGAAGGCAAGCUUAAAUACAUUGAAGAGAAGCUGUUUGUGUUACAUGAUGGUCCUCCAUACGCUAAUGGUGAUUUGCAUUUGGGACACGCUCUUAAUAAGAUCUUAAAGGAUAUUAUCAAUCGAUAUCAAUUGUCUCAAGGUAAAUACGUAUUUUAUAAGCCUGGAUGGGACUGCCAUGGUUUACCCAUUGAACUAAAGGCUAUCAAACAAUCUGAUAAGAGUGACAAUUUGAAACCCUGCCAAGUUAGGUCCAUUGCAUCAAGAUGUGCAUCCGAAACCAUGGAAAGACAAAAGAACCAGUUUAAACAGUUUGCCAUAUUGACAAACUGGGAUGACCCCUAUUGUACAAUGCAUAAAGACUUUGAAAUCGAUCAAUUGAAGAUUUUUAGAAAAUUAUUCACGUCAGGAAUUAUUAAGAGGCAAAAUAAACCCGUUUAUUGGAGUAUCGAAUCCAAAACUGCUUUGGCAGAAAGUGAAUUAGAAUAUAAUGAUGACCACAUUUCCACUUCAGCUUUCGUCAAAUUCCCCUUGACUGAUAGUUCGAUGGCUUUCUUAAAGCAUAAAUUGUCAAUUACUACUAAUGAUGCUAUACAUUGUCUGAUUUGGACAACUACACCAUGGACACUGUUAGCAAAUCAAGCGAUAUGCUAUAAUGAACGGUUGCAGUACGUUAUCAUAAGGUCAUUUAAGGAUGAAUCCAACUUUUUACUUUCACAAGAUUUAGUAACAAAAGUCUUUCCAGAUAUUAGUUCGUAUAGAGUUCUAGCGGCCUUUAAUGGCUCAUUAUUAAAAGAUUUGAAAUAUCACAAUCCACUUAUUUCUGGACACGAUGAUUUCAAAGCCUAUCCCUUAAUAAGUGGAAUCCACGUCACAGACUCCACGGGUACAGGUCUGGUACAUACUGCACCGGGGCACGGGUCUGAAGAUUAUAUAGUAGGAUUAAACCAUAACCUUCCAAUCUUUUCGCCAGUUGAUCACAAGGGCAACUACAUCCUGUCUGAAUUACCAAAAGAAUGGCAGAAACUACUACUUGAUCAAACGACAGGUGAAGGCCUCAAUGUGCUGUCAAAUGAAACUUUGCGUAUUGUUCUAUCUCAAUUGCAAAAUCGUAAUAUGCUUCUUUCAUUCCAGCCUUAUAAACAUUCGUACCCAUACGACUGGAGAUCAAAAAAGCCAACGAUUAUAAGGUCAACACCUCAGUGGUUUGCCGAUUUAAGUCUCCUCAAGAAAACCGCUUUGGAUUCCUUGGAAGAUGUUAAGUUUUAUCCCGGUAGAGGAGGAAAGAGACUGGCUUCUUUUAUAAAAAAUAGGAAUGAAUGGUGCAUCUCUAGACAAAGAUUUUGGGGAAUACCAAUUAUAUAUUUUCAAGGUAAAGAAAAUCCAGAUGAAAUUUUGUGUGAUGUAGAAAUUCUUGAUUUUGCCAUUAAGAGAAUAGAAAAAAUUGGAAUUGAACAAUGGUUUGUCGAAGAAGAAGAUAUUAAAAACUGGCUGCCUGAAAAAUAUGCCGUAAAAUCUGGAAGGUUUAGAAAAAGUAAAGAUACCUUAGAUGUGUGGUUUGAUAGCGGGUCGUCCUGGAGUGUAAUAAUAAAUUUCUAUAAAACUUUGCUAGGAUUACAGAAAGAAGAGAAAUUAGAGCUACCUUUCAAUGCAAUAGAUGUUUAUCUAGAAGGCUCAGAUCAGCAUAGAGGUUGGUUCCAGAGUUCUCUUUUGACUUAUGCAGCUUUUACUCAGGGUUCUUCUGCCCCAUUUAAGUCUGUGAUAACACAUGGCUUUAUACUCGAUGAGGACGGGAUUAAGAUGUCAAAAUCUAUAGGAAACACUAUCUCCCCCAACGAUAUCAUCAAAGGUAAUCAAAAGCUAAAGCUACCUGCACUUGGAAUAGAUGGUAUCAGAUAUUUGAUGGCACAAAAUGAUUUUACAAAUGAUAUUUCUAUAGGGCCAACAAUUUUAAAUCGCACUUCAGAAGCCAUGAAAAGAAUUAGGCUAAUGUUUAAAUUUCUUUUAAGCAACCUGAAUUUCAAUGAAAAUAUGGUACUGUUACCUAUUGAUAGUUUACGGCCAAUUGAUAAAUACACGAUUUCCAGACUUGACGAGCUCCUCACUCAAGUUAAGAUAUGCUAUGAGUCAAAUAAUUUUUCCAAGAUUUUGAGUAUGGUUCAAUAUCACUUAAAUAACGAACUGUCGUCGUUAUACUUUGAUAUAUCUAAGGAUUCACUUUACAGUGAUUCUCUUAUCUCUCUGAAGAGAAACCAAAUUCAAACAACUUUUUUCCAUAUUUUAAACGCUUAUAGAGCCGUAUUAUCUCCUAUCUUGCCCCUUUUAGUUCAAGAGGUAUGGGACUACAUUCCUGACAGUUUUCUGAUCGAAAAUAAACUGGAUAAAUCGCCUAUGGUGCUACCAUGGCCUGAUUUCUCAAAAGAUUGUCACAAUGGAAGAGAUCUGAUAAAGUCUUUCGAAAUCAAUGAAUUGGAAAUCUUGAGAACUUUCAAAGACCAACUUAAAAUGUUAGCUGCGAAGGGAAUAGCUAAACCUUCUGAACUUUUUGUAAAAAUUAUGGUUAAUGAUGACAGAAGUGUUCCUUUCUCAGAAACUGAAAUUUGUGAUAUAUUACAAGUAGCUAAAGUUGAGAUCGUUGUAGAUGCAACACAUAACAGACCAUCCACUUUUUCUAGCGAUAAGAACUUCAAACUACAAAUAGAAAAAAGUGAAAAGGCAAAAUGUCCCAGAUGUUGGAAACACACAUCUUCAUCAGAAGAUGAACUCUGCCAAAGAUGUACCGAGGUUCUUUUAACCUCAGAAAUGUAA